AUGGUUGACGCUGCUUUUCUUCAAGCUGAUUUUAAUCAACAAAACAAUUUUAAUGGUGGUAAUGGUUUUACAUCACAAUCAUCAUCAUACGAAUCAUCAUCAUCAUCAUCAGGAGGAGCAUUAGGUGGAGCCAACUAUGGAGCUUCUUAUGGAAGUGAAGCUGUUUCUGGUUUAGCUGGUGGUGCCGGAUAUGGAGCUGCAGGUUUAGCUGGUAGUUCCGAAUACGAAUCUUCAAGCUUUUCUAGCAGUACUGGAUACGGAGCUGCAGGUUUAGCUGGUGGUGCCGGAUAUGGAGCUGCAGUUAUUCGUAAACUUGCUGCAUUACCUGUUCCACCACGAUCAACAAUUAUUGAACGUAUAGCUGCUGCUCCACCACGUCCACGUGAUAUCAUCAUUGAACGUUGGGUACCUUAUGGUGCAGCUGCAAAACGUCGUACUAUUGUUCAACGUGCUGCAGCAGCUCAAGCAUAUCAACAACCACGCAAUGUCGUUAUUCAAUAUGAAAGUGCACAAGCUCGCGUUGUUCGUCAAUUCCAAAGAUUAGGUGUACAACCUGAAAAUCCUCAAGCCUAUGUUCAACGAUAUGGUGCUCAACUUCUUGACUCAGUAACACUUGUUCAACAAGCACGAGCAGCUGGUGUCGUAGAAGAUAUUUCACCCCCCGUUGUUCCUGGUUCAUUUGCUGCUACUGAAGGUCAAUUUUCAGCAACUGGUGGUGCUAGUGGUGCUGGUGGCCUUACUGGACAAGGCUUUGGUGGUAUUGCUGGUGAGAUGAAUUUUGAAGCUACUGCUGGUGGUGUUGGAUCAAGUUCAAAUAUUGCUCAUUCAUCUUUUGAAGCUCAUGGUGGUGGUGUAGUUGGAAUUGAUUCACCUGCAGCUUUUAGCAGUCAUGUUGGUGGUGCUGGUGAAGGUGCAACUGGUUUCGGAGCUACCGGUGUACUUUCACAAUCUUUUAGUGGUGUUGGAGAAUCCGUACAAACCUUUGGUGCUGGUUCAAAUGUCGGACCAGGUUCAGGUUUUGCCCCAUCAACUCUCUUCAAUGCUGCUGAUGCUAAUCAUGAUGGCGUUCUCUCACAGAGAGAAUUCAAUGCCGCUGGUUAUUAA